AUGACGGAGAAACCCCUGCUUCUGGAGCUCACCACUCCCAAUGGCCAUACCUACGAGCAGCGCCUAGGGCUCUUCAUCAACACCGAGUUCGGACAGGGCACCGGGGCUCCCAUCACGGCGAUGGAUCCAGCGUACGUGGUACUCAGCUUGCAAUGGAUCCACCACAUAGUUAACAAAGGCAGCACCGAAAUUGAGAUUGCAAGUGUCGCAGCGGCAUCCCUAGAUGAUGUAGACCGUGCCGUGAAAUGCGCCAGGAAGGCAUUGCAGAGUGAUGCCUGGAAGUUGCUUCCCGGCUUCGAGCGAGGGAAGCUUCUUCUCAAGCUUGCAGACCUGAUGGAGCAUCACAAGGAGGUCCUCGCAUCCGUCGUUCCGCUCCGCAUGCUAACCGUCGCAGGCCUCCCGUACACAUCCGCCCUCGGAGAGGACGUCCCCGGCGGCAUCGACGCCAUCCGCUACUUCGCCGGAUGGGCGGACAAGAUGCAAGGCCAGGCGCUCUACCCGACUCCCCAGCAGCUCGCCUACACCCUUCGGCAGCCCAUCGCGGUCGUCGCGCAGAUCAUCCACUGGAACAGCCCCAUCAUGAUGGCCGGCUGGAAGCUCGGCCCGGCGCUAGCCUACGGCAACGCCGUCGUACUCAAGGCCGCCGAGCAGACCCCGCUGAGUAUCCUGCUCCUCGCGCGGCUCGUCCGGGAGGCAGGCCUCCCGCCUAGCGUUGUCGACCUCCUCAACGGGCGCGGCGCCGAGGCCGGCGCGGGCCACGUCGAGCACCCGCUGGUGGACAGGGUCACCUUCACCGGGUCGGCGGCCACGGCGCGCAACGGUCAUGACCGCGGCGGCGCGCACGCUCAAGGACGUCACGCUGGAGACGGGCGGCAAGUCGCCGCUGCUCGUCUUCGCCGACGCGGACCUGGAGCAGGCGGCCAAGUCGGCGCAGGUCGGCGCCAUGGCGUACUCGGGCCAGAUCUGUACGUCGACGAGUCGUAUCCUCGUCGACCGGAAGGUGUACCCCGCGAGGGCGCCCAGAUGCUCGCCGGCGGCUCAGCAUGCCCCGUCGACGGGAAGGGCUACUUCCUCCAGCCGACCGUCCUCGUCGACGUCGAGCCGUCCAUGGCCAUCUACCGGGAUGAGAUCUCCGGGCCCGUCGGCGGUGGUCUGCUCGUUCGACGCCGAGGCGGACGGCGCUCGCGGCGGCCAGCGACACGCACCACGGGCUCGGCGCGGCCGUCUUCCCGCGGGACCUGGAGCGCGCGCACCGCGUGGCGGCGGCGAUCGAGGCGGGCAUGGUCUGGGUCAAUAGUAGCCAGGACUGCGACUUUCGCGUGCCCUUUCGGGGGCGUCAAGCAGAGCGGCGGCAUCGGGCGCGAGUUGGGCGAGGCCGGGCUGGAGGCGUAUACGCAGGUCAAGGCUGUUCACGUCAACAUGGGGAUGAUGUUGUAA